UGGGCAAAUCUCUUCCCAGCAGAGCAGAAUAUGGGCAGGGUUAGGAGCAGCUGCCUUCCCGAGGAGCCCAUGACCUGCCGUGUCAUUUCCUUAAACAGCUGCGUUCAGAGGAGGGCAAUCACCUAGGGAAGGCCACAACCCCUCCAGGAACCAGGACGCUGCUCCGUCGGUAGCCAGGCUCGGGGGGCAGUUGGUCCAGCCAGGACUCAAGGCAUCAUCGGCUGAUUCUACACCCCUUCUCCACCAAGGUAGGGAAGCGUGAGCCCUGACCCUCAGGUAACGCUGACUACGCUGACUCCGAGCCGUUCUCCUCGGCAGGAUGAGAGUGACAGGUCUGGUUCGCGUUGUGGCCUUCGUCUUCACCAUGGUUGCCAUGUGGGUCUUUCUCCGUAGCUACGUCAGCAUCAACAGGAAAACCAUCCGUCUGCCACGCUGGCUGGCAGGCGUGCCCCCCAAGGAGAUCCGGGUCCCGAACACCAAGUGUGGGCUCAGCAAGCCCUGCCUAGACAACUUCUUCGCAUUUAAACUCAGCACUGGGGCUGCCAACGUCGUGGGCCCCUCCAUGUGCUUUGAAAAUGAAAUCAUCAUGAGUCCAGUGAGAAACAACGUGGGCAGAGGCCUGAACAUUGCGCUGGUGAACGGAUCCACGGGACAGGUGACGAAAAAGGGCAGCUUUGACAUGUACUCUGGAGAACCCAAAUUCCUGAUAGAGUUCCUUGAAAAAAUUCCAGAUAGCACGCUGGUGCUAGUGGCCUCCUAUGAUGACCCAGGCACCAAAAUGAAUGACAAAAUCAGGACGCUCUUCUCCAACCUGGGGAGUUCCUACGCAAAUCAGCUGGGCUUCCGGGACAGCUGGGUCUUCUUAGGUGCCAAAGACCUCAAGAAUAAAAGCCCAUAUGAGCAGUUCUUAAAAAACAACCCAGAAACAAACAAAUAUGAAGGCUGGCCGGAGUUACUAGAGCUGGAGGGCUGUGUGCCACGGAAGGUGUUUUAGAGUGACCAUGGCCGGAAAGACAUACCCAACUGACUUGAGAGCUCAGGUUUGCUGGAUCUGUGCUGAUGGACGCUGACUAGGAGGAAGAAGGGAGAAGCCAUAUGAGAUGCGCUGACCAUCCCACACACAAUGUGACUCACUUCUCUGAGGAAACAACAGCUUCCCAUGCCCCACAGUGACCAGCCUGGGGAUGGGCAGCCGCACGGGGCCUGCAGAACCAGCUGUGGUGGACACAAGUGAGACCUUCCAAGGCUGCCCCUGGUUGUCUCCAGAAGGACUGGCUGCCUACACUUAAGCAGGAUUAAAUUCUAAUUUUUGCUGGUUUUGAACCUUGCAA